AUGCUGAAGAAAAGUAGUUCUUUAACAGGACCUUCAGCUGACUCCCCUGAUGGAUCUACAUUGAAUGGUGCCUUGAACAAAGUUACUUCUGUCUCAGAGUUAACGAAACUAUCAUGGGGUGAAACUUUUCUUCUUUCAACCCUUCAAAAGUUCUUUGAGAUUGUCCUUCACCUACCUGAUGUAAACCGGAGAAUGCACAAGGUCCUCUCAGUUCUUUCAGAUAAGCAGCCGCCCUGCCCCCAGUUCUACCUGUACAGCUCCGCCGACAGAGUGAUCCCUGCCGAAUGCGUAGAGAGCUUUAUCAACAUGCAGAGAUCACUCGGGGUGAGCGUCUCAGCACACAAUUUUGUCUCGUCGCCACAUGUGGACCACUACAGGAGCUUCCCUCACCUGUACUCUGCCAAGAUUGACGAGUUCCUGAAGGUCUGUUCCCCAGUUAGUCGUACGUAG